GGCGGAUGCUGUACAAUACUUAUGAAGAGACGAGUCCCUUGUCUCAAAUCUUGAGUCGUGAUCCAACAGUCAUCCAUCGAUCAGGCAGACCCAUUCGUCUAGAAUCUCUCUUUUCCCUCCCUUGUGACUGUUUAUGAUUCGACCAACAAAGGAUUGGCAGUAUUAGCGAGCCACGAAGAUUCUAGCUAUGGGUGAAGAAUUUCUAUUCGAGUCCUGAGAUCGGGUCCAACAUCAAAACAAAACGGGUCUAUAGAAGAGGUCUCAUCACACAACAUUUCCAUCGGUUUCCUUUUCUUCCACGGAUUCAUUCUUCUCAACCGUUUUCUUGGGUUCAAUCACAGCCACUUCCAGCAAACCGCGCACCCGCUACCGGCCGCAACGCUUUGUCACGCAACUCUCAAGACCAUUCAAGUAUUUUGACUCCCGAGGCCCCGAGACACACGAGGAAAGUUUCGGAAGUUGGUUCUCAUCGCACAAGGUCACUCUGAUCUGGUCAUUGUGUGAUCUUCUCGUCAUCCCAAGCCAGUCGAGGCUGUCCUGGCGCCUUGUCUGUCGACGACCCCAGAGUGUCAACGCUGUUCACACACCCAAAUCCAACUCUCAGACCCAUAGUGGCCAACCGUUCGGCCCAUCGAUCUAUCAGCAAAAGGCUGGAGCUGGCAGCACAGUCAGGGGGGCAAAUUGGCUGAUUGGGCGUCUUGGCUGCAGAGCCUUUUCGGCAACUUUUGGCUUCUGGGGCUCUAGAUUGGGCCGAGAGCUGCCAGUGAGCCAGUGAGCAGGCCUCUUGACUCGGGGACUGACGCCCACUGGAAUUGCACCUAUCCUCACUCGCCCUCACUCGCCCUCUGCACUGUAGCACCCUGCCAAUUGGUGGUCCCUGCACUGCUUCCCGACCAACGCCGUCUCAUUUUCUUCCCCUACCAGUUAGCUGCUCGUUAGCAGUUACAGUCCGGAGACACAUCCCACCCCGGCCCGCUUCGUCUUCCGUCGCCAUCAUCCGCUAAGAAUUAACGACGCGUUCCCACUCGACCCAAACAGCUUCACACCAAAACCCUCAUAUCAUCUUCUGCAACGGGGGUCUCUGCUGUUACCUCGACACCUUUCAUUUACACCCUCGAAUCUCUCCCGCUGCACAAUAUUUACCACGCGACCAUGCCAUCGGCCGUGUAUCCCUACACCAUCACGAAUAGCUACAAAGGGUAUGGCUUAUGCAUUCCUAUCCAUUCGAUAUACAUAUGCUGACACGUGGUAGGGGCCUCUACAUGCGAACAUACAGCCGUAAUGUCCGUCGCGCUUGGGACGGUGAGGACUACCGCCCACCAAAGCGACAACGGCUCCAGGGUGCGUGGCACGCCCACGUUGCCGCCGCCAACUCGACCGUGAACGAAAACACGCUUCUCGCCCAUCACCUCGAAGACAACUUGGAACGCGCCAUUCGUGAGACCAGCGUAGCAGCAAUGUCAUCGUCACCCUCACGCAAGAACAGCACCAUCUUCUCUGCAGAAUCGCACGAAGACGAUCUUGGUUCUACCACCAUCACACCACCCUCAUCACCGCCCCCCGAGUUGAACCUCACACCACCCAAUGUUAAAGCUCGAAAGCCCACGUUUUCGUGUCUGGAGAAAAGCAAGAAAGAGAAAAAAGAUCAAAAAGGCGUCAAGAGGAAACACGAUCUACUGUCGACUGCACCCAACGAGCGUGUAGAUACGCGUCAUGACACGGAGCCGCUGGCUGAGAUCUUCAAUUUGAGUGCUCGCGCACAAGGCUCCCACACGGCACCGCGGGACGCGUCAACAGGCCAGUUACAGAUGCCUGCUCCCUUGACGACCCAACCAAUAACAUUACACGUCCCCCGAAUCUCAACACCCAAACAACACAGCCUGACUCAGACUGUCCUUGAUUUCGGGCAAUCGCUGCUGCCCGUCACAUGCCCUCAAUGCCAGAUGUCAUACUCGCCAUCGGUGGCCGAAGACAUCCAAUUACAUACUAUGUACCACCAUCGAGACAGCUCCGGUAUUGAACUUGGAAAGGCGUUCCUCAAGUCAGCAAUGCGCUGGUGCUACCAGGUCCCCAAUAUCUCUGGAAGUGUGGUCGUGGUGGACAGGAAAAUCGCAUUACCUGGACGACGUUCUGUUCAAAAGGCGCUAGAAAUCAUCAACAAGGAACUGGGAAGUGUGGAUAUCAAAGAGGAGGAAUUGUGGAGCCAACGCGCUCCAGACGGCAAGAACGAGGAAGACGCGUUGUUGAACAAGAAGUGUGACCGCUACAAGGUCUUCCUCCACAUCAUCGAUGAAAAGUGUGUGGGAAUCUGCUUGGCCGAGCGUAUCUCCAAAGCGCAUCGAGUUAUCCCCAACGAGAGCGUGUCGGGCGAGACGAUUCCUUUGAAUGGACACUACCGACCUGAAGCCCCAGUGACACCGGCACCAACGGAGAUUCACGAAGAGGAGACUAAACAAGUUCCGGCCAAACCACAGAUCCCAACUCCAGUUGCCAGCCCAACGUGUGCUGCCUUCACCCCCUCGAGUAUCAACAUCUCGGAAGAGACUUAUCCAGCUGUCGUCGGAGUGAGCAGAAUCUGGACGAGCCGUGCGUUUCGACACAAGGGAAUUGCUAGCAACCUUCUCGAAUGUGUUAUGAACCAAUUUAUCUAUGGAAUGGAAAUUGAACGUGAACAGGUCGCUUUCAGCCAGCCCACAGAGAGCGGAGCGGCUUUGGCGAGGGCCUGGUGCGGCGAACCUUACGGUUGGGCGGUCUAUCGAGAAAUCUAGAUUCCAGAUGGAAUGUGAUAUCUGCCGAGACAAUGAUUACGACAUGAGCAUCUACACGGCCAUUUUCUUGCAUGGGGAGGAUGGGGAGGCAGAGACCACCCACACGGGCAGCUUGCAGUGCCAUCAUGUACUGCAUAGAAUCUUAUUGGACCAGCGGUGGAUAUGCACAGCGGUGUGUUGUAGGAUACAAGUGAGCAAGGAAGAUGACAGAAACAAUCAGAAGACAGUGGCUGAAGCCAAGGAACAUGCUUCGGAAAUAUUGAAAUGCUUAUGUACUCAAUCAGCACUCCUUUAAAGCUACACCAAUUUCACAAGGACAAAAGACAGUGAUCGCCCACGAUAUGUUUCUAAUAAAUCGUGGCCGAAUAUGUCAGUACCCAGUUCAUUGAAAUCAAUAAGUCAAACCUGCCAGCAAGAUCUGUUUUCUAAGUAGUACAGGGGC